AUGCCAGCAUUUUUGAAAAGAUUAAUUUUCCAAGUCGGUGAUCAAGCCAGUGAAAGAACAUACACAUACACCUCAGUAUCGAACGAUGGCCAUUAUAUUUCAUUGAGACCAUUGAUCAGACCAAAGGACGACAAAGAAAGGGAAUUCCCAGUGGAAUGGGCGUUUGCAGGGUUGAACACAGACAUCAGAGUUACCAAGAUCGAUGAAUACACAGUUACACAAGACUUCAACUUUUGGAUUGAUAUCAACAGAUACUUAAAAGUACCAAACAUUCAUCAAGGUGAAGUUCAUACCACUUGGAAGAGAUGGGAAUCUGAAUGUCUUGAAGAAACCGGUACUGUGUAUCCAUUUGGACCUGACAAAGAAGGAGUGAACUUCAUGGAGUUAUGGCAACCAUUGGACAGCAACCGAGUUGAAGAUGUAGUGGCACCAAUUGGAAUGGACAAUUCGAAAGACAGAAGCGUUGUUCUUAAGAUUGAUGAUUCUAAAUAUGAAGGUUUAAUGAUAGUUGUUGGCAAAUGGGCACAAGGGUUAAUGACAAAGAAGGGUGAGUCUUCGACUGAUGGAAUCAAUAUGAUCAGAAGUGUUGAGACCUCUACAAACAGUUACAAGACAUUAUUUAGUCAAGGUUCGAACGUUGAUAAGUUUCCAAGCGCCUUCGAGAACUUAUCGAAGGGAACCAAAGUCGACGUCAAUGGAUUUGAAUGGGAGGUAAUUGAAUCAACAUAUUAG